AUGUCCAGCAAGAUGGCGACCUACGCUACCACUCCCCCUUCGAACUCAACCGCCAACACUGAAGACCUUAAUUCGGCUGGCUUGACACCAGAAGUGUCCCGGGCAUUAAAGGAGAGAGACCUUAAGCCCUAUGAGCAGCCCGUAAUCAAGUCGAUCAGAGAGCUGUAUUCCUGCAAACCGACGAAUGAGACAUUCGAAAUAUACGCAAAGAAUGCUGUAUUCCACGAUCCCAUUGGUAUCGCCACCGGGCUGGAUUCCAUUCGAAACCAGUUUGUCGGUUUGGCAAAGAUCUUUCACUUUGCGAGCAUCCCAAAGUUUAGAGUUUUGGAAAAUCCGCCCACAGUACCCCCGAACAUCAUCCUAAUUGACCAGGACGUCGCAUACUACCGAGAUGCUAAUUCUAACUCGCCCACGAAGACAGUCAACUCUUUAUUGACCAUAAAGCUGGAUGCCGCGACCAACAAGAUCGUUAGUCACAGCGAGGAUUGGAAUCAUAAGAAAUCAUCGACGAAAGAAGACGGUGUCUUCGGAUGGAUGAAUGAACAGAGGAAGAAGAUAACGGCUGGUCUUGUGGACACAUUCGUUGGCAAUGCCAACAAGAAUUGA